AUGGCGACGUCGACGACGACGGCGGAGCGCGCGGCGUUGCUCGGCGACGUCGCGCGCGGUGCGAUCGCGCGGGCGAGGGUGAAGGAUGACGCGAACGCGGAGGCGCAACACCAUGGAUGGACGACGACGCUCGAGCGAGACGGACGGGGUGGGACCGGGUGGACGCGCGCGCGCGCGAUGACGACGACGGUGUUGUUCGCGAUCGCGGCGAUCGCGGGCGUGGCGGCGAUGCGAGCGGAGGAUGGGCGCGGAUGGUCGGCGCGGUCGGCGUUGGGCAAAGGCGCGCGGGGGAAAUCGUCUCGCGGCGCCGCGUACGAGGGCAUGGGGGUCGAUCUGAGCGAGAGUGAGGAGGCAAAGUUGAAGACGUGGAUGUUGAAGAAGAGCUCGGGCGAGGCGGCGCUCGGGUCGGUGUUUCGCGCGGGCGCGCUGAGGGAGGAGGGGGCGUGGAAUCCGCUUUUACACGGCGACGUCGAACGCGCGGGGGCGCGGGACGAUCUCACGGUGGGCGUCCCGACGCUCGAGAGGAAGAAUCAUCGCGAUGAGGGCGUGUUGGGAGACAUGCCGGCAAUCUUCGAAGCCGCCGCGGACGCGGGUGCGGAGACGGGUGACGUCGCGAGCGUCGGCGUCGGCGCAGCCUCGAGCGGGACGUCGUGCGACAUGAACAAGUGCGGGGAUAACUUUCAGAUGCACGAUCCGAGCUGCGCCCAGGGCGGUCUCGGAUGCGUUGGUACCUCGGGGUGUCGGUUUUGCCGCGUCAUCGGCAGAGAGAAGGAAGCCCUGACGGGGACGGACACCAAGAACCUGCCCGUGUGUAAUAGCUGCGUGUGCGAAGCGCGUAAAUUCAGCUCUGGGUGCGCGGGCAUGGCCCAGAAGCACGAGAUUCCGGAUGAACCGAAACCGGUGGUGCCGAAACCGUUUACGCCAACGCCAGAGGGACCGGCGACACCGACGCCGAAACCGACGGAACCAGCGACACCGACGCAACCGGUGACGCAACCGGCGACGCCGACGCAACCGGCGACGCCGACGCAACCGGCGACGCGACCGCUGUCACCCGUACCGCCCGUGGUGAUCCCGAAGAAUCCGACGCCUAUUGAUAACCCAACACCGGCGCAGCCGAUUCCGAUCGCGGCGGCGAAGUCGAGCUCCGCGAUGCUCGGCUUGGGUUGCAAAUGGGACUUGUGCAGACCAGACCAAAUGUACGACCCGCGAUGCGUCAAGGGCGGAGGUUACGGUUGCGUCGGUUCGACUGGGUGUCGAUUCUGCAAGAACGAUCGCAACAGCGCAGAUCACACGCUCGGAUUUGAUAAGAAUUGGGAGACGUGUGCGCAGUGUGUGUGCGACAAGCACGGCAUCACCGGUUGCAGUGGCGGAACCUCAACCCCGACGCCGUCCAUGCCGACGCCGGCGCCGACGCCGACGCCGACGCCGGUGACUCCGACUGAAAAAUCUGAGCCCACGGCCGAAAAUCACGCUAAUAGCGUGCCGUGGUCCGGGGUUGCGCAAAAACCGCAGCCAGAGCCGGAGCAGAUGCCGACGCAGGCCGAACAAACGCCGACGCAGCCAGAGCCGGAGCAACUGCCGACGCAGCCGCAGCCAGAGCCGGAGCAACUGCUGACGCAGCCAGAACAAACGCCGAUGCAGCCGGAGCCGGAGCAAACGCCGAUGCAGCCAGAACAAACGCCGAUGCAGCCGGAGCCGGAGCAAACGCCGGCGCCCGUGGAUGACGGCGUGAACGAUCACCCCGAGAGGUUCGCCGCCGCCGGAAUGGGUGCCAUGCAAGAGUCCGGGCCGGUUCAGCCGCUCCCUGUGCCGCAUCGAAUCACGCGUGAAGGGAUCGAAUGGGUGGAAACAAAGUUUGGUACUUUACAAUCGUGUACCGACGCGUGCCAGGAGAUUUCCAAGACGUGCGCCGACCACGUGUGGCCCGGUGACAUGAACGCGUUCCGCGACGUUCUCUCUCGAGCCUCCCUUCCGAACGAUGAGAAUGUUGUGACGUGCAACGAGAUUUUGCUCUCGGACGAGACAGAUCACUGCGGAGCGAUGUCCAGGCUCUCGGGUCGUUGUUUCUUGUCGCCGGCGCGCGGUCACUUGCCCGCCUCGUGCGGCGCCGCGCAAAAGCACAGCGACUGCUCGAGCAUUUGCCCGUGUCACUGA